CCAUUUGAGCCAACGUAAAAGAGGCGUUUAUAAUUAAAUUGUAUUGUGUAAUUAUUAAGUCAUGAUAGAAAGCAGCUGAAUUCUAAUAUGUUAGUGGCAACAGCAAAAACGUCUCAAAUAGGCCACUAGUGAAAGAAAAUCAUAUUAUUUAAUGGUGUUUGUGAUUUACUGCAAAAUUUUAAUUAUGAAGUCGACAUCGUCAAUCGCUAGUUCAUAAUUUUACCAAGAAUGAAUAAUAUUCAAAGUGUAAUCGGUAUUGACUGGCGUGGACGAUUUCAUUGUGGUUAAAAACACAAUGUGGCUUGUUCUUUUCGUCGUCUCUUCUCUGUAUACAUGGGCUUGCGAAGGAUUAACGGUCAAGGCGAUUAUACCAAAAUAUAGGGUUCGUGGUGAAACGGCUGUACUAAGAUGCGAAUUUGAACUUGAAGGCGAUCAAUUGUAUGCAGUUAAAUGGUACAAAGAGAAUGAAGAGUUCUAUCGAUUCGUGCCCAAAGAUAAACCUCAAAAAACGUCUUACGCCGUGGACGGCAUUAAAGUCGAUCAUGCGCAAUCCAACAGUCGUCAAUUAACAUUGAAGGAUAUAACAUUAAAAACUACAGCUAAUUACCGGUGCGAGGUAUCUGCGGAAGCGCCUUCGUUUGCAUCAGCACAAGACGGUGGCCGAAUGGAAGUUAUAUAUUUACCAAAAGACGGUCCAUACAUCACUGGCGACAAAUCGGUUUAUCAGUUUGGUGACUCGAUAAACUUAAACUGUACGUCGGCCAAGUCCUACCCAGCGUCUACUCUCCAAUGGUUUAUUAACAAUAUACCCGCAAAAGAAGAAUCUUUGAAGAGGUAUCCGCCGCAAAUACACGUUCGAGGGCUUGUGACGACAACUUUAGGAUUGCAUCUACCCUUGGAUGCAGAGACGGUGUUAAACGGAGCGGUUCGGGUUAGGUGUGUGGCGAUCCUUUCGCCAGUUUUGUGGACUGGUGACAACGAGAAAGUGUUGCCGAGACAUGAUAAAAGAGAAGCACUUCUGCUCGUAACUGGAUCUUCUAGCAAAUGCCAACACAACCUUGCAGUCGUGUUCCUAUUUGUGUUGAUGGUAAAGACAUUUUUAACUUAAAAAUAAAUCAAACAUAUUAUUGUUAAAAAAAAAAUCAUAUCAUUAAAUUACUUAAUUCUAAUAAUUAAUUUUUAAAUGUUUACUUUGUGUAUUAUAAUGUAUUAACUAGUGUUAGUAUGUAUUGCAACUAUAAAUACACAUAUUUGCAAUAAGCGUAUAAUAUAGUUAAAAAAUUCAAUUGAGCUACUUUGUAUUUAUUU